UUGUUACAGAUCAAAUUAUUUGAAAAUAACCCUUAUACUUGUUGUGACAUUUUUUUGGGGGGUGUGUGGUGAGGUUUUCUUAAUGUGAAAUACUGUGUGUGCCUUGGCUCAAUGAAGGUUGGGAAACACUACAUGACGCCACAUUGUGGUCCUAAUCAAUGCUGUUAUAUGUUUUUAUACGUUAUAUGUUUUACAUUAUAUUUGGAACUCGGUCAUUUUGGCUUGUAAACAGCUUUUCUUUCAUAUUUUAAUUUGCAGCAGUUGAGAAAAUUGGGAGCGAAAUCCUAAUAGCGUGUUUGCAGCUUUCGUCCUUCAAAAUACCAAGUUGGUCCUGUUACAUAAUAAGCAUGAAAAACUACCUACGCCUAACGCUGCUUAACACUGGCCAACACACAUCGAACAAAUAGCGACAGCGACAUUUAGUCCGGGCGCGCUAAUACACAACCGGAAAGGACGCUCAAGCCGCUCUCGGCGACAGUGUCCGUUUGUUUUGUGCGGCACCACAGUAGCAUCAGUCAGGGAUGCUUCGAGGAGGGCGGGGCCAACCGCCUGCUUGCCUGUGACGUGGUCACUCACCUACCAACACGGCUGCCGCUUGACAAGACGGCUCGGAUUUGAGCUCAUAACCACAAUGCCGGGCGGCUUUGUUGUUUUAGCUUUGAUUCAGCCAGACUGUUGGGCCUCUAUUGGCACUAUUUGAUCACUUUGAUCCUCGUGAGGAAGCCCAAAUGUUCAGAUAAAGGAGGCAUACCACAAGGGAUACGAAACAAGCUCCUAGUGGAACACAGUGCCAUACAGUCGGCAUGUUUGGUUCAUCUCGUUUACUGCACAGUGAAGGUCUUCUGAUUGCAAGCGGAACAGAUGAUUUAUUUGAGUAUUUCUAGGUCAGUGAGUGAAUAGAAGACAUUUUGAAUUGUAAAUGAUUCACUUUAUUUCCUUUUAUUCAUGCAUCUGCUCUCUCUCAGUUGAUCCACAAGACUGAGUCCUUCCGGGUUGUGACGGUUGGGCUGAUGUUUCAGCGGGUUGCCCCUCCCGCUCCGCCUCCGAGGACUCCUCGAGGCCCCGCUUUCCUGACCUCGACCGAGCCGCCGGCCCCGUGGAGCUCCACGCAGCCAACCGGGGCUGUGGCCCUGCAGGCGUGAUGAGGCGUGGGACCAGCCUGCAGAGCAGGCGCAGUAAGGGCUCAGGAUCCGGGAGCGGAGACCGCGACCCGCUUUUGAAAGGCAGCCCCCACGCCCCGCAUCGCCGCUAUACCCACGAUCCGCAGCAGCACACCAGCCGCCCGCGCUCCUCAUCUGCCACUGAUACCGCACCCAGUAGCCCCGCCCCCGGAUGCGCAGGAGGGGAAGCGGUGCUGUCGUCAGGGUACCAGUCAACAGAUGAGACGGACAGGAUCGAGCGGUCGGAGGUGAGCGGGUUGGGCCCAACUCCCCCUGCGGUCGACUCUCCGUACUCCGCAGCGGACGACGCGCCUUUGGAUCCUCAGCGCACAAAGCACGCCAUCGCCCAGCUGCAGCAGAAGAUCCUCAAGCUCACAGAACAAAUCAAGAUCGAGCAGACAGCCCGGGACGACAAUGUUGCGGAGUACCUAAAACUGGCCAACAAUGCGGACAAACAGCAAAGCACACGCAUUAAGCAGGUUUUUGAGAAAAAGAACCAGAAGUCAGCGCAGACCAUCCAGCAGCUGCAGAGGAAACUGGAUCACUACCACCGAAAGCUGCGGGAAGUGGAGCACAACGGUAUCCCUCGGCAACCUAAGGAUGUUCUCCGGGACAUGCAACAGGGCUUAAAGGACGUGGGUGCCAAAGUGACGGGCUUCAGCGAGGGGGUGGUGGACAGCGUGAAGGGAGGGCUGUCCAGCUUCUCCCAAGCCACGCACUCGGCCGCCGGGGCCGUCGUCUCCAAACCGCGGGAGAUCGCCUCGCUGAUCCGAAACAAGUUUGGCAGCGCCGACAACAUCCCCGCCCUCAAAGACUCGCUGGACGACCCCUCGGGGGAAGAAGGCGCGGUAGGGGCUCGUUCGCUGGGCAGCGCCGGCCAUCACCUCCAGUCCAGUCCGAAGUACGGGAGCGAGGACGACUGCUCGAGUGCCACGUCGGGCUCGGUGGGGGCCAAUAGCACCACGGGGGCGCCCGGGGGUCCGCCCAGCUCUAAGGGGAACACACUGGAGAGGACUGGCACCUCCAGCCUGGACAUGUUGUUUCAGGAGGUCCAGGAGCUGAGGGAGGGCCAGGCCAGGCUCGAGGAGAGUCUGGAGGGCUUGAAGAACCACUACCAGCGAGACUACACGGUGGUGAUGCAGACGCUGCAGGAGGAACGCUUCAGGUGUGAACGCCUGGAGGAGCAGCUUAACGACCUGACAGAACUUCACCAGAAUGAGAUCCUGAACCUCAAACAGGAGCUGGCCAGCAUGGAGGAGAAGAUCGCCUACCAGUCCUACGAGAGGGCGCGAGACAUUCAGGAGGCGCUGGAGGCGUGUCAGACCCGAAUUUCCAAGAUGGAGCUCCAGCAGCAGCAACAGCAGGUGGUCCAGUUGGAGGGGCUGGAAAAUGCCACGGCCAGGACGCUGCUGGGCAAACUGAUCAACGUGCUGCUGGCCCUCAUGGCCGUCCUUCUGGUCUUCGUGUCGACCGUGGCCAACUGCGUGGUCCCUCUGAUGAGGACGCGCUCGCGCUCCCUCUCCACCCUCCUGCUCGUCAUCCUCACGGCCUUCUUGUGGAGAAAUUGGGACGCGCUCUCGAGUUACACACAACGAGCCCUGCAGCCCCCGGGAUGACCGAACGCGGCGGCGGCACGCGCUUCUUUGCUCACAGCAGGUGACGAAAGCGGAUCGCCGCGGUCACGCCGCGAGUCUGACGGGUGAGCCGCUCGGACGGCUUUGGGCUCGGCGCUGAAAUUUCAGCCCAGCUCGUUUGGGAAGCCGCUCGGGAUCAAGACUGAGAGGAACAACCCGAGUUGUCACACUCGCCUCGGAAGGACGAGACUGUUUACAUUUCUUUUUUAAAUGAACUGUUGUGUUGAUAUCCCUCCUGUAACACAGUGUUGUACUGUUUUGUUUUUUAUUCUGGAUUUUAAUCAUUGAUAUUCAUUGUCAUUAAUAUUAUUUUAUUCAGUACCAUGUAGCAUCGCAGUCCACGCUCGAGGAUGAGUUCAGACAGGAAACUGGGCUGGCAGCUCACCUCAAACAAAUGAGUGCUGAAUUGCCAACUGGGUGAGCUGCCACUGGUGCAUUUCAACCAAAACCUCAGAGUUGCUCUUCUUUGUUUCUUUUCUUUUAUUGCUGUGAUGAAAUGUGUUAAGACGGAACAGUUAAAAAGGACUACUGAACCGCUGCGUGUCCCGAUGACUAACGACGUUUUGUGCUUCCGCACCAUUUCUAAUCGCAAACUUGAUACGCUUUUAAUGAUUUCCUUUUUAGGCGAAACUUAAAUAGAGGUGGACGUGAAUUGAAACUAAUGAGCCAGGGUUAAGGAGCAACGCUCACCAUCUUAAGAGCUGCACACUAACGGAACAUGGUUCUUGUCAAACGACUGCCGUAUUUGCAGCAUGCGCCUGUGAAAUGAAGACAAACGACGCGAGCCACGUGUUCUCGAAUACCAUGACAAAGUCCGUUGUCCGAGUAAAAGCAAUUAGGUGUUGUAAUUGCCUGCCUCGUGCCAGGCUGCCCACAGACCAGUGGCGCUUCUGCAGCUCCGUCUCAGAUGCGCCGCGAGGGAGGCUGCUGCUUUCUGUCCUCGGCGUGUGUCGUUUCUACUGUCAGUCCAGUUCAAUGCACUCUCGCUCGUUUAUGAGCUCUCCCUUUUCAUCACGGACGCUCCCUGCUUUUUUUCCUCUGCGCUCAUCCUUCUUCUGGUGAAAUCAGCCAGUGCCAAACCCGAGUCAACCCAAGCAUGCCUGACCGGCGGCUGGGGACCGACCGGCAGGUCUGGAGUGAAUGUUGACACUCGAUUUGAUUAGGGUGAUGGCAUUUUUGCUAAGGCGGGGGUGGGGGGGUUUAACGUUUGAAUUAUGAAUUGGAUUGCGUGUGCAAAGUUGUGUGUGUGUGUGUGUGUGUGUGUGUGUGUGUGUGUGUGUGUGUGUGUGUGUGAGAGAAUCUCACCUACCUUAGUGCAUUUCUUCCGCCUGCCGGCUUGUCAAGGACAUGUCAGGAUUGGCCGGCGCGCGGAAUAGUCCGCCUUGAAUUCCACGCGGACGAACUGAUGAACUGUACACCGCACUUUAACGCGCAAUUAGAUAAUUGUAUGGGUCAGGCCUUUGACAGAGUUGAUCACUUGUCGUCCUCCAAACCUCGCAAAGAGGCCGCCAAGGUCCGGAUCGCUUUGUCAAAACCCGCAUCUCCGUUCGCCUAAAUUAAAUAUGACUGCCCUUUUGAAAUGUUUCCAUUUUACUGAGUUGGGAGUGAGCUGUUAUUUGACCUCAGCGUGACCUUGAUGUUUCUUUUGUGAUAAACCACUCCAGUGCCUUCUGAUAUGCUUUUCCCAAGUGCGGAAUCAAUAAAAAUGCAUUC